AUGUCAAGCAACCAAGGAGCAUGGCUAGACGGCAAGGACAAGAAGCUGAGAGUCGACUCUUCUGAGAUGCCAAAGGCUGGCGCCGACCAAAUCGUGGUCAAGAACCAUGCCGUUGCCGUCAAUCCGGUCGACUGGAAGAUCCAGGACAGUGGCAUGUAUAUCCAGAAGUGGCCAAUGAUCCUAGGCUGUGACGUGGCCGGCGAAGUCACCGAGGUUGGCGACAACGUGAAGCGGUUCAAGAAGGGUGACCGCGUUGCUGGUCACGCCGUCAGCCUUGCAUCCGGGGCAUCGGAGGAUGGCGGGUUCCAGCUCUACUCUAGAAUCACCGCCGGCAAGGCCGCGAUAAUCCCAUCAAAGAUCUCCUACGCCGCCGGCUCUGUCUUGCCAUUGGCCAUCGACACAGCAACAGUCGGUCUUUACUCCUCGUCCUCUGAAGGCAAAGGCCUGGGUCUGCCCAUGCCGUCGCUCAACCCGAAGCCGGCCGGCAAGACCAUCGUUGUCUGGGGAGGCAGCUCGUCCGUCGGUGCUCUCGCCACCCAACUCGCAGUCGCUUCUGGAGCGAAGGUCAUCGCCACAGCCAGUAGCCACAACUUCGACUUCUGCAUGUCGAACGGCGCCACCGAUGUCGUGGAUUACAAGUCGUCCUCCGUCGUCGAGGAUGUUGUCAAGGCUGUCAAGUCGGCUGGCGGCGACUUCGUUGGGACCUACGAUGCCAUCUCCCUGCCGGAGCAGUCCCUCAAGCACACCGUUCCAAUCACCGACAAGUUGGGCGGCGGUGUGCUGUCCAUCGUCCUCCAGGCACCGGAGAACCCCCCAUCAAGCGUGAAGGUGGCUCAUGUGUUUGGCAUCAACGAGAUGACCCAUCCCAUCUGGGAGAACUAUGUCACGCAGGCGCUGAAGGACGGUAAGCUCAAGGCUGUGCCAGAGCCCCUUGUGAUUGGAAAGGGCCUUGAAUCGGUCCAGAAGGGUCUUGACAAGAACAAGGAAGGCGUCAGUGCUAAGAAGGUCGUCAUUGAGCUUAGCUAG